AUGGAUACGGAUAAGGAUACGGAUAUCUAUACAGAUACAAAUGUGCUCUUGAAUGCGCCCGUGUUGCCCCCCCUUCCACGACUUGUUGCUACGCCGACAGCCUACUCUAGUAGCUGCCUCGCCCUUAGUCCCCAGCUCAUCGCGUACCUCCAAACCCUCCUCGCCCCGCCGCCAUGUAUCACACUCUCGAUAGGAAGUGGUUUUGGCCUUCUUGAAGCAUAUCUCAUGACUGGCCCCGAUACCUUUCAUGUCAUCGGUGUUGAGGUCGCGCCGGGCCCUAACAAAUACCUUCCCUCUUCCCACCACCGCCUCGUCAAUGGCACCCGCUUCCUUGAACCCUUGGCGGAACAAGCCCGGAUCUGGCUCUUUGUGUAUCCAAGACGCGUUGGCUUGAUUCAGGAGUAUAUGACGGCGUACGGCCAAGGGGCGGUGGAGAGGAUAAUAUGGGCUGGACCCAAAGCCGAUUGGGACGACUACAGACCAUGUUUUGCCGACUGGACUGUACAAGAACAAGAGGCCGGUACGGUCGGUGGGCGUGCAUGGGAACUGAUUGUUGUUAUAGAUAAAAAUUCGGCCUGA